UAUAUCUUCAGCUUCAAGCAGAAACAGCAUUCGCUUUAAGCCCCCAUCUCCCUAGCUUUUGUUUCAUAUUUUAUUGGGUUUAACGUUUGUAGUACUUUAUUUUCCAUCCGAAUAUGGAGCUUCAACUGGGUCUUGCUCUCCCAACUCCAAACAUAAUCAAGGGGUUCGACUUGAACAACCUCGGACUCGACCAGCUGAAAGAAAUGGGGGGUUUGGAAGCUUGGAACCAGGCUGGUGGCUGUUUCGGGGAAAAAGAUUGUGUUAAAAACAAACGUGGUUUUGAGCAGGCCUUUGGAAACUUCACUGAUGACUGUAAAGCAAUGCCUUUGCUCCUAUGGAGUGGCCAGCCAAACGAGGAAGAAGAUCACAGGGAUCAAAAGAAGAAAACUUCUUCCUCCAUCGCUGAGAAUGAUGCAGAGGAAGAACAAGUGGUGGGCUGGCCACCUAUUAAGUCGUGGAGGAAGAAACUAUUCCACCAGCAUCAGGCUGGCAGGAUUGAGAAAAACUGGACGGCAGAGAAAGAAAAUGGCAGAUCCAUCUAUGUCAAGGUGAAGAUGGAAGGAGUAGCAAUAGCAAGAAAGGUUGAUGUAAGGCUUUACCACUCGUACCAUGCGCUUACAAACUCCUUGAUCAGCAUGUUUGUCAAAGGCCAAAAAAGUGAUGAAGAUGAUUACACACGUUAUACUCUCACCUACCAAGACAAAGAAGGAGAUUGGCUGAUUGCUGGAGAUAUUCCAUGGCAUCUGCUUUUAUCUUUGUUCUUACAUAACGUCAACGAAUCUUCACUAUCAAAAUCUGUUUCUUUCGUUUGUAAAUUUUAUGGCCGCCCUGGUCCUCUGUACUUAUCUUCCUACUGUUUGCUGUGCCUAUUUCUUGUUUCUGCACAACAAAACACUGAUCCAAAUGAAGUGGCUGCCCUCAGGAAGAUCAUAGAUUACUGGAACUUGGGAAGUAAGCUGAAUCUAACCGUUGACCCCUGCAGCCGGAACGCAACGUGGACCUCAGAAGAUUCAAAUCCUCAUGUUGCCUGUGACUGCUCCAGCAAUCCCUGCCACAUCACCGUUUUGAAGAUUUAUGCUUUGGAUAUCAAGGGUGAGAUACCCAGAGAAGUGUUUGAGCUUAAGGAGUUGAUGGACUUGAAUCUAGGUCAGAAUGUGUUAAACGGGUCCAUUCCUGCUGAAAUUGGACAGCUAUCAAAAAUGCAAUACCUUAGCCUAGGCAUAAACAAUCUCACAGGUCCAGUGCCCCCCGAGCUUGGCAAUUUAACCAAGUUGCUUUCCCUAAGUUUUAGCUCAAACAAUUUCUUCGGACCAUUACCCAAAGAGCUUGGAAGUUUGACAUCUUUGCAGCAGCUGUAUAUUGAUAGCAGUGGAGUUAGUGGACCAAUCCCUCCAGAAUUUGCAAAUUUAAAAUCCCUUCGGAUUCUCUGGGCAUCUGAUAAUCUCUUGACUGGGAAGCUGCCAGAAUUUCUUGGGACCUUUACAGAUUUCAGAGACAUGCGGCUUCAAGGGACAUCUCUUGAAGGUCCAAUCCCAAGCAGUUUUGCAGCUCUAACUAAAUUGGAGGACCUGAGAAUUGGUGAUCUGAGUGGGGAAGAUUCCUCUCUUGAUUUUUUAAACGACCAGACAAGUUUGUCCACACUAUCUUUGAGAAAUUGCAGGCUAUCGGGACAAAUACCAGAGCGUCUUGGCAGAUUCACCAUGUUGCAAUACUUGGACUUGAGUUUCAACGAGUUGACAGGUCAAAUACCGAUCUCAUUCCGGGAGUUCUCUUCAUUGGAGUUUUUGUAUCUUGGAAACAACAACUUGAGUGGGGAGUUGCCCGAAGGCAUCGUAACUCCAGAGCUUAUUGCAUUGGAUGUUUCAUUCAAUCCCCUUUCUGGAAAUUUACCUCCACAGUUUGCUAAGGUGAAAUCAAUGAAUGUUGUUGGAACUUCUAUCAAUGCAAAUGGGUUACAGGACAAAAAGGUUUCUGAGAUGCUGGAGUGCCUCCAAGGCAAAACCAAGUGCAGAAACAAGGUUCCUUCCUCUUCGUUUUCUAUCAAGUGCGGAGGCACAGCUCAGAAAUCCGCAUCUGGCAUUGAAUUUGAUGAUGACUCUGAAAUACUUGGAGCCGCCUCACUGUACACAAGCACUGACAAUCACUGGGCAGUAAGCAGUGCUGGAAGUUUCGUUUCAAACCCGAAUGGAAAUAUAUAUAUUUCAAAGACAGAUUCUCAGAUCACAGGAACUUUAGAGUCAGAGCUGUACAAGACAGCAAGGGUUUCACCAAGCUCUUAGAGGUACUAUGGCCUUGGUUUAAAGAAUGGGAAAUACAGUGUUGAGCUUCAUUUUGCUGAGAUAGCAAUGGAUGACUCCCUGUCUUGGAAAGGCCUGGGGAGGCGCUUAUUUGAUGUUUAUAUUCAGGGUGAGAAAGUUCUUCAAGAUUUCAAUAUCCAGCAAGCGGCUGGCGGAUCCAAAAAAGCCUUGAUCAGAACAUUUGAGGCAAAUGUGACAAACACAAUCAUGGAAAUUCACUUCUUCUGGGCUGGAAAAGGCACCUGCUGCAUUCCAUAUCAAAGCACAUAUGGCCCCCUAGUAUCAGCAAUCCAUGCAUCUCAAGUAUCAGAAGGUGCUGCUGCCGCUUCCAAUCACAACCGAGUGGGACUAAUUGCUGGAAUUGUAUUGGGGGGUGCAGCCGGGAUUGUGAUAGUGUCUUCCAUAUUCUUCUUAUGGUGGAAGAAGGAUCCACAGGGACACAUGAGAAUCUUCACAGACUCACCAAGGAAACAACUAGCAUAAGUGCCCCCCCACUCUCUCUCAGGGCUCAGCCUGCUGUAUAAUAUGUACCUAAAACUGAAAAAUCCUGAAUAACAAUGCCUCCGCACCCAAACAUGGUGCUCAAGCUGGUUUCUUGGGUCCUUGGCCUUCCAAGGGCCAGCUAUGAACUACCAGGGGGCCCUAAUCUGAAGCAGAAAAUUGAACCAUAAAUAAUCGAUGGUUCAGGCCUUGAUGUGGCUCUCUGUCCCCCUCAAGGUCCAUUUGCAUUUAAAUUAUGCAGUCACUUUCUGUCUUUCAGCAUCAACGCCCUGUUGUAUAAUUUAUGAAGUUGGUUUUCAGUGGUUUUCGUAUUACCUGUUUUUCUUUUUUCUUUUGCUUUUGUA